AUGGCAGAAAGUUUAAGAACUUUGAUACCCAAGAUUCCAGAACCUUGGCCAGAUAUUGUGGUCUGGCUUCUGAAUGGGGGCUCGAGAGUCGCUUACAAAAAAAUAUCGCCAGCGGAUGUAAUUCAUUCUGUCGUGCCUGAAGAAGCAGGACAAAAAUGUGGAUGUAUACACACGAUAUAUUUUCAGCCCUUAAAGUGUCCGUAUCAUUGCGAUUCUACUGGAACUUGUUCGUGUAUCGUCGGUAAGCUUGAAAUGCUUAUGUGGAUGGGUCUUUUCAAACAAAUAAAAAGCUUUGAUGGGCAUCUACCUAAUGGCUACAAGAUGAAAGUAAAGAAUUAUGACAUGGGUAUAAAGACGACUUCGAUGAUGUUGGAAUGCAGAGCAUUUAUUUAUCAAGCCAAAUUCGACUGUACAGAUCGUUUUGAAAUGGACUAUACGUUUGCGAGGAUCAAUAUACUUAAUUCAACACAAGAAACGAACGUUAAAGAAAAAACGUUGUCACCAAUCUGGAAUCAAGUUUUGAGAAUCUACAAAAUGGUUUUGAUGAGCCCACAGCGGUUAAUGAAAAGUCCACCGCUGCUUCUAAUUGAAAUCUUCGAUACUGAUUUAGCUGGUAAUUUUGGUCUUAUAGGUAGAUCGGAAAUAACUCCGGCUGUAGAUGAAAGGCAGGGUUAUGAAUAUGCGCCCAAUCUUGAGUGGUUUAAGAUUCAUAAUGGAAUGGAAUGUACAGGACAGAUUUUGAUGUCGGUGCAGUUGAUUCAGGUCCCAGAGACUGUAAUGAGGACGACUAUUUACGGUUCAACAGAUGCAACGUAUUGUGCGACUGGUGUACAGGACUUGGAUCAAAACUGUGAGAAAAUGGAGAAACUUCCUACGCAUCUCAUUCCCGAAUCGAAUAGUUAUAAGGUCGAUAUCUAUUGGUGGGGCCUAAGGAACGUCACCAUCACUAAAAAGCCAUGUAUGGUGUUUGAAAUGGAAACGACCACGAUAAAAUCCGAUGUUAUUGUUAACGAAAAAUCUAUUUGUAAUUUUCCUAAUGGUAGGAUUAGUCAAAUAUUUGAAGGCAUCGUCACUAAAGAGUUCUGUCCGCCUUUAUUUUUGAAGCUUUACGAAACGAGCACUUUUGGUAGAACUGUUUUCUUGGGAAGUAAUAUGGUGCAAAAUCCUAUGAAAUACUUUGUGAAUUGGAUGUCGCAUAAUGACAGAGAGCUGUCAUUAAGGAGUGCAUCACUUUCUUCUGCGAAUCUAUAUCACGUAAAUUCUAUCUUGAGUUCGGAGAAUCAAACAAAUUACGUGUCGAGCUGCAAAAAGAGCAUAUAUAGUAAAACGAAAAACAUAACUGUACAAACUCCAAUUAAAGUUUCGAAAUGGAAAAGGAUAUUCUGCACCAAAGAACCCGACGAAGAAGAAUACACCUUACUUCCUAUGUUCGAUAAAUAUGAUCGUGACAACGUUAAUUUUGGAAAAAUAACUAAACGUGAUGUCUGUAACUGGUGGAGCAAAUAUUUAAAAUCACAAAAGGAUAACGAUCUACCCUACACCGAGGACAGUACCAGAUUUUUCAGUGAAAUAAAGGUAUACGAUGCAGAAUUGGAGAAACAACCAGAGUUUUCAAAGUUCAAAGACUGGUGUUCCACUUUCAAACUGUACAAUGGAAAUAAAACAGGAAUUCCGGAGAAAGACGAUCAAAUAUUCUGUGGGUAUCUCAAAGCUGGUAUCGCUAUAUACAAGUGGCCACCACCCGAAAAUACUAAAUCAGUCAGUACCGGAGGCGUAGAUUUAGGGAAAGGCUAUUUUUCGAACUAUCCUUCGAAUGAAGCUGCUAAGGUUUUGGUGCGAGUGUACCUCGUUAGUGCUACGAAUUUAUCAGUCAAAAGUUUUAUUGGUCAAACUUGUACCUAUGCAACCGUUAAUUGCGGUAAAAAAGAGCUCGGAAAUAGACACAGCUCCAUUGCGAGUAGUACAAAUCCGAUUUUUGGAACGAUGUACGAAUUACGCUGUGUCUUUCCAGAGGAUUACCUCCUCACGGUGUCGGUUUAUAGCAAGAAUUCUUCUUCGUUAUCUGAUGAGCUGAUAGGCUCAAGCUCCAUUGAUUUAGAAGAUCGUUUUUAUUCAAAACACAGAGCUUGUAUUGGUCUCGCCGCAGAGUAUAACCUAACAGGUCCUUUGAGGUGGCGUGAUUUUCGGAAACCUUCUGCAAUUCUUGAAGAGCUCUGUUUGAAAAAUCACAUCCCACCUCCGUUUUUCCUUGAUGCGUCUACAUUAUUCAUAAAUGGCGUUGAAUACAAAGAUACUAGUGGAUUUGGUUCUUCAUCUGGUUCUAUAACAGAGCGAAAAGAAAACAUAUGUCUUAGCAUACUUCACAAAUGGCAUACUCUACCAAUCAUUGGACAUCAUUUAGUUCCAGAGCAUGUAGAAACUAGGUCACUAUUUAACCCCGAAAAACUGGGAUUUGAGCAGGGAAAGAUUCAGAUGUGGGUAGAUAUUUAUCCUAUGGAGAACGGUGUGUAUAUUCCCCCGCCGGUCAACAUUGAACCUCAGAAAGUUGAAGAUUAUGCACUGAAAGCUGUUAUCCGACAAGUUAAGCUUUUUCGUUUCAAGGACCAGAAAAUUAAAGUCCCUAAAAAUAUUCAGAUUCAGUGUUGGAUAGGGAAUACGAAUCGAACUGAAAAAGUUGACAUACAGAGUUCCCAUGCAGAGUUCUAUCUUAAUUGGCAAAUAAUGUUUCCAAUUCAUUACCAUCCGUCUUUGGCCAAGUUGGUUAACAAAGAGAGAGACCCGUUUACUGAGUUCGAAGAAUAUUCACUGCCCAUUUUUGAAAUUCGUAUCUUAGAAGAAGACAUUGAAAAUGAAAACAACGUAAUAGCUUCGUUGUCAUUAAAUUUGAAUAAUAUGCCACAAGGAGCAUUAUCAGCUCAGUCACUUAAUAAAGCUUCGGAAGGAUCCAGAAGGGUACAUCUAUUUUCAUCAAGAUCUGUUAGAGGCUGGUGGCGUUUGACGCCCACUGAUGAGACUCCCCAAACCGGAACAAAUGCCGGCAUUAUAAACAUGGAAUUGAAUUUGUCGCCACUGGAAACGGCCGUUGUGAUGUCCGUCAUGCAAGAGUCUUUGUCUCCACAACAACCAAGGUAUCAAUCUAUAUUUUCUUGA